AUGGUGACCAAUAAUCAAGCCAUGAAAACCCAAUCGACCCAACUAAAAGUGUUGGGAAUCGAUGUUGAACUAAUAAGGUCACUUCUCAAAGUCAUUAUUUUGAUAUCAAUUGCCGGUGCAGCCAUUUCGUCACGUUUAUUCUCAGUUAUCAGAUUUGAAUCAAUUAUUCAUGAAUUCGACCCAUGGUUCAAUUUUAGAGCUACAAAAUACUUGGUUACGCAUUCAUUUUACGAAUUCUUAAACUGGUUUGAUGAUAGGACAUGGUAUCCCUUGGGAAGAGUUACUGGUGGUACGCUAUAUCCUGGAUUGAUGGUGACCUCGGGCGCUAUUUGGCACAUAUUGAGAGAAUGGUUAAGCUUACCAGUUGAUAUUAGAAACAUUUGUGUUAUGUUGGCUCCGGUGUUUAGUGGUUUAACGGCAAUUGCUACUUAUUUUUUGACAAAAGAGAUGAAGGAUUCAAAUGCCGGUUUGCUAGCUGCUAUUUUCAUGGGUAUUGCUCCUGGUUAUAUCUCUAGAUCAGUUGCAGGAUCAUAUGAUAACGAAGCUAUUGCAAUUACAUUGUUGAUGGCUACGUUUUAUUUUUGGAUCAAGUCAAUGAAAUUGGGGUCAAUCUUUUUCGCUACAUUGACUGCAUUAUUUUAUUUUUACAUGGUUAGUGCUUGGGGCGGUUAUGUAUUUAUUACUAACUUGAUCCCAUUGCAUGUGUUUGUUUUGUUGUUGAUGGGUAGAUAUAACCCCAAGUUGUAUACUGCAUACACCACGUGGUAUGCAUUAGGAACUUUGGCAAGUAUGCAGAUUCCCUUUGUCGGGUUCUUACCAAUUAGGUCCAAUGAUCAUAUGGCGGCCUUGGGGGUGUUUGGAUUGUUACAAUUGGUUGCAUUCGGCGACUAUGUCAAAUCUAAGGUGCCUUCAAAACAAUUUAAAUCGUUUUUGAUUGUAUCUGCCUCAUUGGUAUUUGUUUUGGGUGUUGGCGCCUUAUUUGGAUUGACUGCCAUGGGAUGGAUUGCUCCUUGGACGGGUAGAUUUUAUUCACUUUGGGAUACGAACUACGCCAAAAUUCACAUUCCUAUCAUUGCAUCAGUUUCCGAACAUCAACCAACAGCAUGGCCAGCAUUCUUUUUUGAUACAUCCAUGUUGAUUUGGUUGUUCCCAGCUGGUAUUUACUUGUGUUUCCAAGAAUUGAGAGACGAGCACGUUUUUGUUAUCAUUUACAGUGUCUUGUGUUCUUAUUUUGCUGGUGUUAUGGUGCGUUUGAUGUUGACCUUGACACCAGUCAUUUGUAUUGCUGGUGCAAUUGCAUUAUCCAAAUUAUUUGAUAUAUAUUUGAAUGUUGUUGAUAUUUUCACUGAAAAGACUGGUUCAAAGACAAGUAGUAAGAAGUUGCCAAUUGCGGCAUUGGUUUCGAAAUUGAUUGUUUUGUUGUCGUUUGCGUUUUACUUAUUUUACUUUGUUAUGCACUGUACUUGGGUUACUUCCAAUGCUUAUUCAUCACCUUCAGUCGUUCUUGCUUCACGUGCUGCCGAUGGAUCACAGAUCAUUAUUGACGAUUAUAGAGAAGCAUACUACUGGUUAAGAAUGAAUACACCGGAAGACGCCAAGAUCAUGUCGUGGUGGGAUUACGGAUACCAAAUUGGAGGUAUGGCGGAUAGAACCACUUUGGUUGAUAACAAUACUUGGAAUAAUACCCAUAUUGCCACUGUUGGAAAAGCCAUGUCAUCUCCUGAAGAUGUUUCUUAUGAAAUUUUGAGACAACAUGAUGUCGAUUAUGUGCUUGUAAUAUUUGGAGGUGUUAUUGGUUACUCCGGUGAUGAUAUCAAUAAAUUUUUGUGGAUGGUUAGAAUUGCCGAAGGAAUUUGGCCGGACGAGAUUAAGGAGAGAGACUAUUUCACAGAAAGAGGGGAAUAUAGGGUGGACAAGGAUGCAUCAAAGACGAUGAAGAAUUCAUUGAUGUAUAAAUUGUCAUACUAUAGAUUUGCUGAAUUGUAUGGCGGACGUGAUGGAGCAGAUAGAGUCAGAAACCAGCAAAUCCCAGCUGACGAACCACCUGAAUUACAUGUAGUUGAUGAAGCGUUCACUUCCCAAAAUUGGAUUGUUAGAAUUUACAAGGUUAAGGAUUUGGACAAUGUUGGUAGAGAUUUGAACCAAGCUACCAAGUUUGAUAAAUCAAAGGGAAAGAAGAAUAGAUUGGUGAAGAGACCAAACUUGGAUAUUAGGGAGUAG